GCAUAUGUAUAAGUGUAACUGUACAUAUAGUUAUGUAUUGUGUCAUACGUAUAUUUGUUUUGGGAAAUUUUAUAUCAAAAACAUAUCCAUCUGCAUAUUUUUAUGUGAGUGACGCCAACAAUACUUGGGUUAAGGCUGCCAAUAACUGUAUAGACGGCUGGAAAUUGUCUGGGAAAGACUUAUUCAAUUCUUGUCGUUCAGAUACGUGUAAUUCUAGUAAGGCCAAUGAUGUUUUGCGAAAUGUAAAAAUCAAACCGCCCUUUCUUUGGAUAGAUGGCUACGCAGUACGAUCACCUAUAAUGGAAUAUUACGAGUGUAUAAGUUUAACCGACGUCAACAGUACAGCAAAUGCAUUAACGAAAAAGAAAAAACUUGUGAAUAAUGGUGUUGGAAAGUGUGCAUUAUUUUGUAUUCAAGAUGGAUACUUAAAGAAUGAAGACUUCAUUUUACUACAGAGUGAUACUUGCUACUGUUUACCGCUUGCAACAGAACAACUGUGGAAGGCACAAAUCAUGAAAAUGCAGAUGAUUUCUACCAAAACCUGCAAUAUACGAUGUGACGAAGACAAGUUUGACAGAUGUGGUGGCAAAAAUGAUAUUUUUUCAGCGUAUAAGCUUAAAGAGAUAGGAUUACCGAUGAGUGACGAAAUUGGAGGAAAUUGUUUUUAUACGUAUGGCACUAGUAAAGCUGUAAAACGUAGUAGUUGUAAAGAAACAUUCAAGGUUAAGUGUGAAGAGGUCAUACACACAGAUGGAAACAGGUAUAUUGACGUAGCGUGUUUCGAACAUAUGUUGAAUUGGUAUGAUGCAAGACGAACGUGCAAUCAAUCUGGAAAAUAUCUUCAACUUUUGAACUACCAGUGUGGAAAUAUUGAUGAGUUUCAAGCAGUUCAACUGUGGCACAAUAUGUUCAUCAAAGAGAGGAUUGAUUGGAAUACAGAUAAUGUAACUGACAAGGAUAGAAAAAAUGGAUACAAAUGUUUAGCAAUGAAGCUAACAACCGAUUCGAAUUACAUUCUAAUUGCUGAAAAUUGUGACAAUGCUUACCAUUCUCUUUGUCAGAAAGACGUCUCCGAUACAGAUGGCAUCCCAAAAAAAAAGGAAAAAAAAACAGUGGAUUCAAAAGUUAGUAUGUAUGUUGGAAUAGCAGUUUCACUGACAAUAUUGCUGAUAGUAGUGGUGGUUCUAGCUAUAUGUAUCCGAAGAAAAACACGUUACAUGCCAAAAGAGGUACCCACUGCACCUGAUGUGUAUUAUUCAACAGUGACAGGCGACCAGAUACAUGAAAACCAAUCUCAUACACCGGAUGGCGCGAACAAAGAUCAAAGUGAUGCAAAUCUAAUGAUUUCGGCAAAACAAAGCAACACAUACACAGAUAAUGAUCAGCAGGAAAUACACAAAAUGGGAUCAACAUAUGACCAAGCAGGGUUGCCUGAUAGCAAUGAGUAUGAUGUAUCAAGUACGAGCCAGAAGUACAGGUCGCAUGUUGAUGAAGAUGUCUGUUAUUAUGAUCACAAUAGAGAUUUUGAUACGGUGUAUGAUGAGACAGAUACACAUGGGUUGAUUCAGAGAAACGAGAUAAGUGAAAUAUAUAACCAUACUAGAGAAAUUAUUGAUGAUUAUGAUGUCUCCCACGCCUUUCGACAGCAAGGAGAGACUCAUAAUGAACCUGUGUAUUUCAAAUAGGAUUUCUAAUUCCAUGACAUCAUUAUUGAACCUGAAUGUGACAUUCACAGAAUAAAACUAUAACAGGUUUAUGACGUGCAUGAUAUAAAUAUAUUUUUUUGUAUUUUCCUAGCUUUUAAGAAAGUUGUGUUUGACCGUCUGUUGUUUUUGCAUUUAUAAUUGCAAGGCACAUUUCAUUCUCAUGUAUAAACUAUAUCUAUUAAGAUCAUAAGAUAAUAAACAAUUGAGCUUU